UUUGUUUUAUAUUCCUUUAAUUGUGUCCUGUUCUCGAUCUCCCCCAGGUCGGAGAAMAAUACACUSUGCAAUACAGACAAAGUAUCACCAGAAGUGUUGAUUGAAUGUGUGAAGAGCAAGGACCAUCUGAAGCUGAAGGAGCUGCACAAACUGGGAGCCGACCUGUCACUGCAGGACCCCUCAGGAUGCACCCUGCUCCACUAUGCUGUGGACACUGGUAGCAAGGACACUGUCAAAUACAUCCUGGACAAUGCACCCACAGAUAUCCUGGAUGUAACAGAAAAAGAAAAUGGGGAGACAGUGUUGCACAAAGCAGCGUCACUGUGUCAGAGGACUAUCUGUCACUACCUGGUAGAGGCAGGGGCAUCCCUCAUGAAGACAGACUUACAGGGUGACACACCAAAGCAUCGUGCAGAGAAGGCCAAGGAUGCAGAGCUYGCUGCCUACCUGGAGAACCGGCAGCACUACCAGAUGAUCCAGAGAGAGGACCAGGAAACAGCCGUGUGACUCUGCUCCUUGACCUCCAGCACCACUWCCCUAUCACCUAACCCUGUGCCAAACCUACUUUAGCUAAAAAAACGUAAACUAGCCGGAGAAGACGGUCAAAAGGUAGCCAGUGUUGUAUUCUCCUGCUAGGGAGUUGGUUGGAAUCCUACCAGAUGAGAGACUCUUAAGGUCCACCAUGUGAGAUGCUCGUGACCAGUGGACUUGAUUAUUGCACUGCCAAAAAAAAGCUGUUUUGUGUCGGAACGCUUGGAAGAGAUGGUUCUUCUGUUUCAUUUUUCCCCCCCAGCUUGUGUUGCGCUUGCGAUCCACCUAGACUGAAUGUUGAAAUGGUAAUGUAGAGAAUUGUGCUCCAAGGUUUUAGGACAGGGGCCUGGCUAAUUGAAUGUUUAGGUAAUUGUAUUAUUAUACGCUCCGAUGGAGCUGUAUCUCUCUGUGUCUAUAAAAGCAGCAUGAGCGUUUCAACCGUACGGAUCACAAUGACUCAGUGGAUUUCAAAAGGGUAUUAACACUCUGAUCUGUAGGCCAGCUGUCUUUAAGGCUACCAAAAAUGUCAUAAUUUUGAUGARGUUUUUAUUUGUUUAUAGUACUGCUGUUGAUUUCUUUAUUUUUUAUUUGUUGACUGAUUUGUCCACCCAUAAUGCAGUGUAAUGGGAUAAAACUAUCCACGAAAGUGGGGAKAUUUUUACGUAACACUUUUCUCAUUACCAAACAAUUUGAAUUGAAUACAUCAAUAUUGUUCUACUUUKUGAUCACUUGGCAAAUGUUUAUUUUAUUUCUUAAAGUGUUAWUAAGYAUAUUUGGUACUGUACACUUAUCGUAGUAGCUCUGUGUUCAAGCAGUUUAUGCACUGCAGCUCCAAUUGCCUUGAUUUUCUUAUUUUGUUGGCUGAUUCGUUUGUAUUUAAUAUACUUAAUUAAGUCAUGGUGUAUUUUUAUAGCAUUUUUAAGCAGAUUGAUGUUUAUAUAAUUUGUACAUAUUAUAAAUUUAACAUUUUUGUGUUUGGUCAUUAUUUACUAUAAAAUGUGCYUUUUAUAUGUAUUUGUUUCAGAACUACAAAGCAUUUCUUCUCUCGUAUUGUUACAGAAGUCAAAGGCGUAUUUAUUCACCUCAACGUUUUUUUUACCGAUUUAUGUUCAGCGAAGUUAAAAAUGUUCCAAAGGCUUGGGUUGUAAAUUUACAAAGUGUUUGUUGUUGGUUUUUUUACAUAAAAAAAUUAUAAUUUGUCUAAAUAAUAACCAUCAAUUUGAGGUUGCUAUUUAUUUUCAAUAGUUAUAAUCUCUGUUAAAAUAUGGCUGGUCAUUUAAAACAGAAAUAGAAUCAAACUUAAGUUAUAAAGACCUGUGAUGGUGUUCAUGUUACAUUUACGUAGAGAGAGGGGAAGGAAUUGGMCUCAUUCCAAAAGCUAUCCUACUGUAUAACUAGCUAACUAGUUUAAUGUAGAGCCACAGUAACUGUAUUUUGUCAGAUUGAAAUUAGUUGUUUCUCUGGAUGUUUUCUUUAAAUUAUUUAAUCGCUAAACAUACUUGUAAAACAUACUUGUAAACACGUUAACAAGGUACACUAUUUCAUAUGCACAUUUUUGCUGGAUUCUAUUUGUUGUCAAAAGUUUCUAGUUUUGACCUUUAAACAAUCCAUCAUGCCUACUAAGAUGCAUUUCAUUGUAAAUCAUUGCUGUUCUCUAUUAUGGCCAGAUACAUUAAUAAAUGUAGCACUGAAUCAG